CAAAACUUUACCGCGAUCGACUCUGCGACCUGUUGUGUGUUUCUUUAGGAUACGUUUGAGGUUCCAUCUUUUGAUGACGAUCAUGGACGACGAACUAAUGCUGGUCGAGGAAGGAGGCGCUAUCCAGUUGACGGAGGACGUCGAUAGCUUUUUAAUAGCUUCCAGAAGUUUAGAAGCUUUCGAAUUGGGACCGUUGACCGUUACCAUAAAGGCUUCGGGAGUAGCUUCGCCUGUACUCAACGUAAAGAUGGCAUCGCAGCUUCCGACGUACCUCAAUAUAGAUACCUCCAAUGCGUCGCUUUUUGAAUUCACGUUGUGGGGCUACGAUACGGCGCAAUUACAUUGCGUUCUGGUGUUGCCCAAUACGUUGCACGACGUAUUGAACGAUGACGGCGUCUUCGUGCGAGAUUAUGUAUGCAACCUGGCGGUCGUAAAACAACAGUUUUUAGAAGCAUACAUAUAUCCGGCGCUGCAACGUAUGCCUUUUGAUAGUAAAACGAGGUUGCAUUUUUGCGCACCGUUACCGUUGCACGAGUCCGUCUCUACAAAACUUUUUAAAGAGGAUUACGACGUGUUUCUGAGAAAUUUUAGAGAGGCUUUUGAAAAUGAUACCUCUUUUAAAAACACGGUGUCCUUUUUUUUUUACAUGGCCGGACACGGUAAGAAGGCAAGCAGCCACGACGUGGCAGAAAUUUUGACAACAUACAUCCGACGUCAGGAGCUAGUUCAAUUAGUGCAGCUGCACUUCGCCGUUAAUUAUACGGCUGAUGCGACCUCAGGAGGACCGAUUGUCCUCAAUUAUAACAACGCCUUCAUCAAAAAACUAAAAAUUGCCAAAUACAGUCAAUGGGGUAUUCGGCACUCGUUCGCAGGAGGCCACGUGAACGAAGACGACCUUCCCGAAGAGUUACGCCGCCAUCGCACGUCAUUCGUUCAAUUUUACGACGGAGCCGCGCACCUCUCUAAACCGUACCAUACCGUCAAUUACGCCCUGUAUUUAUUUUACAAUAAAUUUAAAGGCAUAGCGGCGACCGACGUUUUUGCAAGCAAAUGCGAACGCCUGCCUGCUGCAUACGCUGGCCAUUUAAAUUUUUUGAGGCACAGGCACCAUACCAGAUUUGAGGUGGUAACCAAUUACGGUCGGUACAACGAAGCGGCGGAGGUGCUGAUGGAACCCUACAUUUUUGAUGCAAUGCGACGUCUUGUCACUCGGCACGGCCUGUUAAUUCGGUACGAGAACGAGGUCCUUUGGGCGUCCCGUCUGAAUAGAAUACGUGGAAUUUUAAUAAAAUUGGCCGAAUUUCCGCCAAGUUUUACUUUUGACGAGUUGCGGUUGCUCGCCAUUCGUUUAACUGACCUGCAAUUUUUCAUGUCCGGCUCGACCUUAAAAAUAGGGUGCGGAUACGGCGUCUUAAAAAAGGUACUUCUGGGCGGGACGAUUUUGAAGAGCGUCCACGGACGCGACGGUAGGUCGAUAAUGACCAAAGCGGAGUUUGGAGACGUCAGGGACAUAAACCCCUUUCUUUACGGCGAUCUUCCCAAGCUCCUAUCCAGAAUGUCGCACCUUAUAUGCGACAUAAUUGAAGCGUGCGAGCAAAGGAGAAUGGCACGCGAUGCCCGCCGCAGUUCGGACGAUCCGGCGCCUUCUGCCGCCGCCGGUAGAAUAUACGCGUAUCUUGACGCGCUGGCUAGUUAUGCGUAUAGGACGUACGGACCUGGCAUAAAAACAACAACGGCGACGGCUACACCUUCGUUUGAUAGACAGUACUACGAUGCCAGAAUCGGCGCGAGCGUCAUUGUCGCAAUUAUAAAUUCGGCGACCGUUGAGGCCGCUCUGAGGGCGCCUACCACCGCGACGGGUCAGUUAAUAAAGGCGGCCGUGAGGGUGGAGAACGCCGACUUCAACACGCCCGUCUUUAUCGAAGCCUUAGCCACCAUCCGCGUCUUCCCAUUGCAAUUAAUAAAUGGCGUUGACAGAAACAAACGCAUGUGGGCCAUAGUCGAAACAUCGUCGGCCAAUGUUAGGAAUAUGCAAUUGGCAAAUACCUACAAUGAAAAGUCUUUCAUCGCGCGGCCGCGACGUACGUACGGACAACGCCGCCGCUCGGCAUCGACGGCUAUACCGGCGACGAAGAAACGCAAACUUUUUAUUUUGGCCCGUCCAUCCGCCUCGUCGCCUCGACCGCCACCGCAUGAUAUACCUUCGACUUCGCGCCGCCCGGAUCCUUCCACAUCUGACGACGCCGGCGCCCUUUCGCCGCUCCCGCCACCUUCGAUCGCCUACGAUAAACCAAUUUCGAGGUACAGUUCGGAGGACGAAAGAAGAAUAGUGCGGGCCGCACUUCAAAUGCCGGAACAGAUAACGAAAGGCAAGAUAGGGUGGCAAAAAAUUCAACGUCACGAUCCCAUGUUAUCCCGAUUCUCGGCACUUGGACUGAGAAGCGUGUUCAUUCGUUUAAAAACGUCCAAACAAUUGAAUAUAUAUUGCAAUAGUGAUAUUGAAAAGGACAUUUUAUAUAGGUUUGCGGCGAAUCUAAGAAAAUAAUUACAGACUGAGUUUGGUAUACCUAUAUCUUUUUACGACUAUUUUGUUGUUUUGACCAUUUUUACAUUCGCCAGUUAAACACGUUGCUUACCGAUUCGCGACUUUGACAGAUUGCGAUUUGCGAACCACUUUUCUGAAGUGUAGGCGCAUUUGUUUCUUCGCGCUUAUGGUGUCUCUUGUCUCACUAUGGAUGGAUUCACUACUACUAAUACCGACUUCGUAACUAUAAUAGGUGAGUGCGACGGGAAAUGUAAACCGAUUCGUCGGCAAAGGUAGCCGCCGCCGGCCCGUGCAUGUGAAAAACGAAAGCAACUUUGGUAAACGGCGUAAUUGUUGAAUAAAAAUCUAGCAGAUAUACUAUAUUAUGUAUUUGUAAAUUUGUGAAUAUUAAAAAUAGACGUUUUGGCAAAUUUUAA